CACCUGGUAAUGCUAAUGACCUGACAGGGACGGUAUAAAACCUGGCUACCGGUUACCGUGGACAUCACUUGCGGUUGGACCAUCUCACCUGUACGUAUAGUCGACUGGCAGCUCGGGAACCAAGAUGAUGGUGAAGCAAAGAUCCGUGGCACUCCUGGUCAUCUUCCAGGUGGUGAUUGCCUCCGCCGCUCCCUACAGCCAAGAUGGAAGUGGAUCUGCCAGUGCUGGUGCCUCCGUAGGCAGUGCUGGAAGUACCGAUUUUCUGUCCUCUGGAAGUGAUAGCUUUGGAUCCUCAGGAGGUUCUGGCUUUGGAGUUGGAUCUUCUUCUGGAAGCGCUGGAUUUGGAUCUUCUGGAAGUGGCGGUGGUUUUGGAUCUUCUGGAAGUGCUGGAUUUGGAUCUUCAGGAAGCUCGGGGUUUGAAUCUGGUGUCAGCUCCGGUUCUGGAUCUUCUGGAGGUACUGACUUUGGAUCAUCUCCGAGUUUUGGACAAGCCUCGGGUUCCAGUUUUGGAUCUGCUGCAAGCCCCAGCUUUGGAUCUGCUGGAGGUGCUGGUCUUGGAGCCACAUCAGGUGCCGGAUUUGGAUCUGCUGGAGGUGCUGGUCUUGGAGCCACAUCAGGUGCCGGUUUCGGACCUGCUGGAGGUGCUGGUCUUGGAGCCACAUCAGGUGCCGGUUUUGGAUCUGCUGGAGGUGCUGGUCUUGGAGCCACAUCAGGUGCCGGUUUCGGACCUGCUGGAUUUGCCGGUGUUGGGUCCGCUGGAGGUCGCCCUACACUUGGAUCAGGUGGUUUAGGCUUCAGCAGUGAAUCAGAAGAAGUUGGCCUAGGUUACAGCGUAGACAAUUCCAGAGAAGAUAACUCCCGGGAAUAUGGGAACAGACCACCACGUUUGUUUUGGUAAAGAGUGUGAAUAUAUCAAGUUAUGCCCUAUGGAAUAAGUGAGUAUUUUUGGAACUGAAGGUUAAUCAUUUUAACCUAGCCGUGUCAAGGACCUGUGCCUUGCAGUCGGUCAUUCUAUAUAAAUCUGUUGAAUGGUUUUGAAAUAAAUGGUCUAAGUUAUGGAAGAAAAUGUUAAUCUAUUUAUCACUGAAACCAAGUUUUCCUUAUGUCUGUGAAAUACAUUUUUUGUUUUCAGUAAAAAUGGUUUUACCA